CAACCAUGUUAAACGGUGGCUAUUUUUUGCAAAGGCGCGAAAAACCAAUGGCUGAAUUUUUUUUCGGUUACAUGUCAUUUUCGACGUACACGGAGCUUUUCCGUUUUCACUACCGAUCGUCCCCGUGACGUCCAUUUUUGCAACCUCCGAUCGCGAAGCCCAACGACAAGAAGGUAAGCUAUUGCUCCACCAGCAAACCGCCUCGCGGCCUCGCUACGGCGUUCUUAUUUGCUCGCACGCGCUCCCACCCGGGACAGAUUGUCGUGGCACUCACCCCUCAGCACUGACUCAUGGAAGAAGUGACUUCGCUUCCCCAAAACGCAGAUUCUCCGAUGCCCUCGCCGGCUGUCGGGAUGGCGCAAGACCCGAAGCGAGCCUCGACGCACCAGUGCAACUCGUUUUAUUCCUCUAAAACCACGUACUUGACGCCGCUCGAGCGAAAGCGGCUCCGCGCCCUCGAAAACGAACUGCCUGCCGCCACCGAUCGGGUCGAAUCGCCCGCCAAGAAGGUCAAGCUGGCCAAGCUUCGCUCGCGAAAGUCACCGCCGACGCGCAACGAGGUCAAGGCUGCGGCGACGAAGUCGAAGAAACGGCCCUCGGCAACUAAGAUCAAUAAAAAGCAAACCCUGGCGUCCAGAGCGCGCCCCAGCUCAGUGAUCGUUCCUCUGUCCGAAAGUCACUCGAGCACCGCUUCCAACGUCGUCGCCGGCGACGACGACAAGUUGCCGUCGAAGCCGGUGCGCAAGUUUUUCUCGUCAGGCCUGCGGGUUCCGAAUCGGGGUGCGAGCGCUACGGCGGUUUCUUGGAACGGGAAAUUCGACCUCAAGUUUAAGCGGGCGUUCGCUGCGACCAAGUCGGCCGGUGGCAUGGACGUGGGCGCUAAGAAGCCCGUAGUCAUGACCGUGCCAUUCAAGCAUCAUCAGCAGGACCAGAAACCCGAAAAUGCGGUCAACAGAAAGCCGCCCGACCUGGUCCCCAGCGCUACUGUACCUGAGCGGAAGACUCCCGACGCUGCCAGUGUACCGGAGUGCCUUGAGGAUGAGUCAUCACCUUCCCUGGGAAAAUCUAGAAUUGUGACUCCCCAGCUUGAACCAGGUGGUAGACUUGAGACGGCAGAUGAUCAAAAACCAGAUGAUGUCGUAGCAGACAAUGGUCUCAUAUCUGUCUAUGAGCCUGAAGCAGAUGUCAAGCUCAAAGAGAAGUGCAAGGCGAAAGGAGACGGCAAGCUCGGAGAAGAUGGCAAGCUCCCAGAAUAUUGCAAGGUCAAAGAGGACAGUAUGCUCAAGAAAGAUGGCAAACUCGGAGAAGAUUACAAGGACAAAGAAGAUACCAUGCUCAAGAAAGAUGCCAAGCUCGGAGAAGAGAGUAAGCUUAAAGACAGCAAGCUUAGAGCAGACAGUGUACUCAAAUCUGUCAGUGAGCGGAAAGCAGACAGCAUACUCAAAGCAGCGAGUGAGCGGAAAGCAGGCAGCAGCCAAAUCAAAGAUAGCCGUGGUGGCCGGACUAGUGCAAACUACAGCCAGACUGAAGCGGAUGACAAGGUUGGCUGUUCCUCCUUCAAGGUGACCACAGUCUCUGACGACAAGCCAUCGUGCUCCAAAGCACUCAUAUUCAUCUCGGCUGAAAAGGAGAACCAGAAAUCGGCCUGCGGAGCAGAUGACACAAGUCAAGUGGCCGUUUCUCGAGCUAGCAUCAACGGCCCACACGGAGAAGUGGAAAACCUGAAAGGGCAGUGCUGCCAAGAAGAGACACCCUUCGAAGACAUUCUUCCACUGCCUGAAGUAAACCUGACACCUUCUAAGCAGGCAGCAGGGACCAGGAACCCUCUGAUGGCGAUGUUCAGUGACAACAGGAAUUCUGGAGGAUUGCCUCUCUACCCUGUCUUCUCCACGCCGGUUCAUGCUCAGAGCCGGAUGGGAACCAGAUCUAGAAUCAAGGCUUCGCCCAUCGCCUUCCAGAAGAAGUUUCUGGUCAAUACCUCAGAUCCGUCGCAGCUCAUCAUUGAUGCUGGGCAGAAGCACUUCGGGCCGAUUGCCUGCAGCACGUGCGGUAUGGUGUACAGUGCGGGAGAGAUGGAGGACGAGAAACUUCAUUCCAGGUUCCACCAGGGUUUCAUGGGUGUUCUCAAGUUUCCUGGAUGGAAGAAGCAGCGUGAGGUGGGCAUCUACUACGACGGCAAGAUCAUCAUGGUCUCCUUCUCGGACCCCAAGUUUAUGCUGAAGAAGAUGGAGGAGAUCGGCCAGAUGGUGGACAGGAACCUCGGCAUCCUGGAAGCCGUCGACGGGAUUCGUCCGCCGCGGAUGUACUUCGUGUUUGUGUCCAACGACAAGAAGGUUCUGGGAUUCCUGGUUGCUCAGCAGAUUAAGGAGGCUUACAGGGUCAUCCCCAGCGAGUCGCGAGAGAUCACGCACAACUACCUGUGUGAGAGCACUCCUGUCCCCGCAACCUGCGGGGUCAGCCGGAUCUGGACAGCACCCUUCUACCGUCGCAAGAGGGUCGCCACGCGCCUCCUGGACCGCCUCAGGACAAACUUUUCCUACGGCUGCCUCGUCGAACUGAACGAGCUGGCAUUCUCGGACCCUACCAUGAUGGGUCGAAGCUUUGCUGCGGCGUACACCCGAAACGACCGUUUUCUCGUCUUCCGAUGAGGCCGAAGUCGACGACCUCUUGUAACAUCUGACAAUGCGGACUGUGCACGUAACUUAUUAUCGCUCGGGACUCGAGUUGCGUGAGCAAAGGGCAGCUUCUUUUAUGUAGAGUGACUACAAUGAAUCUUGGCGCCGCAAAACGUGCUGAAAAAAUCGGCUCCUUCACAUAGAAAGCCCAAACUUUCAUUGAAUGGGCAUUUAGCUGGAGCAUUUUAUCUAGUGAGAUUGUAAGGCAUAGCACCAUUCCUGUGAAAAAUGGGGCCAGCAAACUUGCCAGGGUCAAAGGCAGACAUGUUUUGCAGACGACUGAGUUUCCAAUGGCUGCAAAAUGUGGUGCCAUCUUUCGAUAAGUGCAGCGAGCGGACGCCGCACUCUUCCAUCUGCUCGCUGCUUUUAUUCGAAGGUGGCACCACAGGCUAGCUAGGUCCGCCAAUGCAUCUGCCAUUGACCCUGACAAGUUUUGUUACUCGUUUUUCACAGCAAGGGAGCUACAUCUUGAAAUUUCACCAGGUAAAAUGCACUAGCUAAAUGCACAUUCAGUGAAAAAUUGAACUUUUUAUGUGCAGGCACCCAUUUUUCUGGUUCGUUUUAUGGUGCUAAGAUACAUUGGAGACACAUAGUUUUUUUACGUCUAGUCAGGACUAAGAGUUCCACUGCUGCCUUUUGUGUAUUGUCUUGGAAUGCAAGCGUCUAUGGUGGAAAGCUCUACACCUGCAAAUGAGUAUAUGACGAUUUGCUUUUUUUUCUUUUUGACCAUGUGAAGUUGACUUGGUGCGCCACUUCGGAAAUAAUAAAGGUCUUCCUUUCGUUCUCA